AUGGGUUCAAUUGUUCUCAUUAAUCUUGUAGCCAUUAAUCUGUUUUUCGACUUUGCCUAUUCCUCUGUUUCUCUUCUCCCUUUGGGAGCUCAUCCUUUAGAUGGGAAGUACUAUGAAUCGGAAGUAAUAAAAUGUAGAGAUGGAUCAAAAUCUUUCACCAGAGACCGUAUCAAUGACGACUUUUGUGACUGCCCAGAUGGAACUGAUGAACCAGGAACGUCAGCUUGUCCUGGUGGUAGGUUUUAUUGCAAGAAUCUAGGAAGCAGACCCCGGUUUUUGUUCUCUUCCCGUAUUAACGACCACACAUGUGACUGCUGUGAUGGAAGUGAUGAAUAUGAUGGAAUCGUCAUUUGUCCCAAUACUUGCGUUAUGGGCGGAAAUAUUGCUUAUAAAUCUCUAAGUCACAGUUCAACAAUCAGACACCCAAAUCCUGUUGGUGAAGGAAGGACCGAUGUUGUUGGCUUUAAUGCUCGAGACUCGGUAGAAAAACUCAAGGGUCUUAAGGCACUGGUAAUGAUUCAGGUGGUUCUUGUGGUGCUUGUGAUGGCAUUUAGGGUAUUUCGCCGCCGUGUCAAGUCUAAAAGAAGACAUUCUCAUUGAUCAGUGCUUCUCAUUCCACCUUACUAGUAGUGGGUCAGCAAUCUACCGAGCUUGCUUAUCCAAUUCAAGUAUUGGUGGAUUAAGUACUGAGAUAUGGCAUUUUUCAAAGUUAUCCUUGUCUCUGCCUUCUACACUUCACUUCUUCCUACAGUGUUUCAGUGUCCAGAACUGUUUUCAUCAGAUAUCUCGGGGGAAUAAAUUGAAUCUGCUGCUGAAGUGAAAAAGUUGGAAGAGAUUCCUGGCUUCCUCACUGCAUUUAUAACUACCAUGCUAGAAGUCCAAUCUUUUCCCUUGUCUGCAACUUUUCCAGUGAACCUGAGAUCAGAAGUGGCUGAUGAUCUUUGGAAUCUUUUGUUUUCCAGAAACCCAGUUCUCUACCUUGCAUUGUGUACCAUACUCUUGUCUCCUCACUUACACUCUAAGUCCCGAUCCCCUUCCACUUGCCUAUGCUGUUCUCCAGCUUAUGUGCAGUCUGGUUGUCUUCCUGCUUUGAUAACUCACUCCUACUUUCUGCAGCAUGGCUUAAGUGCCAAAACCUAUCUCAGUCUGUUUUCACAAUACUUUUGGAGUUGCAGGAUGUUGGGUUUAUAAUCAUCUGUGGCAGUUACAACUGUCUUAUGUUGUCGCUGCACAGAGUUGAUUAAAAAAGGCAUUCAGUCUUUGAUGGGUAUGGCUCGAGUUGGUUUUAUUCCUGAUUGGAUAGUUUGACACUCUUAUUGGUGAAAUGACUGAUUUCAGAAUGAUUUUCAAUGUUGUGGAAAUGAUGAUUGAGAUGGUGGGAACCUUCAGCUUGAGGUCAAGCCAGUAGCUACCGGUGAAAGUUGCAGCACUAUUCCAAUCAUAAGAAGUGGUUCAAAGAACAGUUGGGAUAAUUAAACAUUUGGAGUUAAGAGCAUUAAUGUUGGGUUUGAUGAGUACAAGUUGGUACUGGAGGGGUGAUUGGACUGUUGAGAAGUUGUCCUAGUAAUGAAACUUGUCAUGCGAAUGACUGGAAUAGGCUAUAUCCUUACAUCUUAGUUAGCUAAAGGGUGGUUGAAAAACUUCCCAUCAUUGAUGAGUGGGAACUACCUUCAGCAGUUAUCAGUUUACAAAUUUGCAUUCGUUUCUACGUGACUAGAGCAAUUGCAGUAAGUCAUUUUGCAUAUACAGAUGAGCUUGACCUUCUGCAAUAAUCGAAUAUAAUGACCUCCAGACAAUCUUCCUGUAUUUCAAGUAUAUUACUGAAUGCUAAUUAUUAGUAGUACUUAGUGCUUAUUCUGGCACAAUUGAAUACCAAGCAUUUACUACUGUAUUAGAAAAGUCAGAAGCUUCUUAACUACAGGAUUUUGUUUUUGUCAAUCUCUUAUGGUUAUUCAUGUCAAUGGCAACUUUGUAAAGUGAUGAACUGAUUAUUUUAACAUCUGUUUUUUAGAGGCCACUAACUUUAUGUUCUUCUCAUAAUUCCUCUUGCAAUUGACUGAUUUCAUGCAGGAGAAAUGGUUGAUCAGUAUCUCUGUGUGUAGUUUCUUCACAAUCUUUUCUGAGUUCGGUGCUUUACUGUGGGAUUUUGUCCUUAGCAGCAGCUUCUUGAAUUGACUAAGCUAGCCGUUUUCUUGUGAAGGAUUAUUUCAUAUUGUUAGUCCUAUAAGUUAUUUGCUAUUCAUUUACUGCAAUUAUGUUUCACAUUAAUCAAACAUAGUUGAGCAUGCAAUUAAAUCAUCUGCAUAAUAUAGCAUUUAGUGUGCACUAGAAUCUUCAAGUGCUAUACAAUAUUGAAAAUUGUAGCUUUCCCUAUAUAAUUGUUACUAAUCUAGAAGAAAGAACACAAUGCAUGGUGUUUGAAUCCAGAGAUUCUGAAAGCACAUCAUUCUUUACAAUCAAUGCACGAAAUAUGAUUUGUGCUUCUGUGUUCAGUAGGAUAUUACCCAUUAUAACUAACUCCAGGAGAAAAUAUUCUUUUCUCUCGAAAUUCUUGAUUGAAGCAGGGACAAUUUUUGUUUUUUUUUUUUUGUUUUUGAUGACGCAUAUAAAAACUUUUUGUUGAGCAUAUUUGUGUUUUGUAAUUGUGGGUCGACUCUUUACUGAUUCCUCUAGUUUGCUGGAACCUGAGGGAAGAGGGCUACUUCAGCUAGGACGACACCUUUUCUAAGAUGUUGGAGGGCUAAUAAUUGACUGAACUGCCCCCCUAGCAUAGAGGUAUCUUUUGCACUGGAAUGUUGUCUGAACGAUUAUGAAAUGACCAUGCCAGAUUGAGUUUAGUUGGUAGAUCUGUUAUUUUACUGGAGUUUAUGUGAUAGUUGGACUGAAAAUACCCUAGAGAGCUUUGAGCCAAUACCCUGAAAUGAUGGUGAGAUCAUAGCUCAACAUGAUGUGGUGGUAGAUGAAGUUACUUGGCACAAUGUGAGGAAGAACAAGUUGGAAGCCAUAUCAUACCUUCACUUAAUGGGUACAGUCAAGUAGAACACUUCGAAAGUAUAGCUUCUGCAUCUAAAACUGGAUAUUAUACUUUGAAAGCUUGAAUCUCAUUUAUCUGUUGCUUGGAGUUUUUUUGUUUGUGUUUCAUGACUAUUGCAUUCCGCACUGGGAGGAUUUCUUAAUUAUCAGUGUAUUUUUGCUGUUGCAACAGAAAAUCUAUUGUGUCUUUGAAUGUUUAACAGCUGAGGAACUAGCUUUUGAGUGUUUAAUAGCUGAGAAAUUAGCUGACAUCCAUGUUGAGGCCCCUCCUCAAGAAUCCUUAACUGGGUAGCUAGCUUCCAAGUUAAUGCCACAUUGACCUCUCAUGUCAUCAGUCUCACGUUUCAUCUUGACGAAACCAUCUUCACCCCAUUCUGUGCCCCAUGAAUUCUUCACAAUCCAGUACUUAUCUUCACCUUCUUGACCAUAGCCAACUAUAGUCACUCCAUGAUCAAGUUCAACCCCACAUUGGCCAGCAAAGAGUCCAUGAGAAUACAGUUGGAAGUCAUGCCCACCGGCAUCAAUUGCAACUGAUACUGGUUGCUGGGAAGCUGCGAUUUGAAGAGCUCGCUCAUUGUACCUCGGUACCUUUUCAUAGCCAUCUAUUGUCACUGAAUGAUCUUGUUCUUUGUCUUUGUUGCAUCUAUCAUUUCGUCCUUCAUAUGGGUAGUUUGUUUCUGUUGUGAUGCCACCAUUUGUUCUUAUGAAUUCAAAUGCUCUGUCCAUGUACCCUCCAUUACAACCUUCAUUUUGGCUGGUGUAAUCACAGUCUACGAGCUCUUGCUCUGACAGUGACACUAACUCUCCAGUCCUGAUUUUGUUGAUUCCUUCCACUGCUGCAACUGCCGAGAAUGCCCAACAACUUCCUGCAAUGCAUAGUUAAUUUCGCAGCACUUGAGUACUUCAAGGUAAAAAGGUUAUGGUUUAGUUCUAAUUUUUGUAGUUAGUUAGUCAGUUUCUAGUAUUUUUGAAAAUAUAACUCAUUGAAGUAGUUCUGAAUUGGUGAAAAAAAAAGAAAAGAAAGCAGUAUUAAUACAAAGUGCUUGUGCAGGUCUUCUCAUACCACAUUUGCCUUGAUUCUUGAUUGGAGUGACGGCGCCCUUCUUUCGCCAGUCCACUUCAUCUGGCAACUCUAUCAACUGAUCUCCAACUGACGAUGUGGAAUUCACAAACUGCUUUAAAUCAGGGUCAAAGCACUCUGUGUCUUCCUUUGAACACAUUGAGCUGACAGUUGAACUCAAGAGUGAAAUGCCGAAAAGCGACAGGAUGAUGGCGGCAGGAGAAAGGCAAGAAUUUCUCAUCGAAAACUUCAUCAUCUUGUUAGCUUUAACGGGUAUGAAUGUUUCUGUGAUGAAUGAUUUAUGUAGAGAUGCCAAUGUCGCCUUUUAAAACGAAGAUGCAUUACAACAGGUUGAAGUAUUCAGUAUCGUAUGGAACUUUGAAUACUUGGUUCAUUUUUGUGUGAGUCAAUCUUUAUGCUGAAUUCUGUUGGGUUCAUGCAGAUUGUUCAUUUCGGAGCUUAGUUCGUUCAAGGGGGCAAGUAUGACACUAUGUUAUCAGAUUAGACCAUGCAAUUUUAGUACUAUCUCCGUUUUCUUAAAGAAAAAUCUCUAACCUUGGAUUAAGUUAUUCAACGCUUUAACAAAUUAGACGCUUUGUUUUUGCUUAUUUUUCCCCAGAGAGGAGAGGAUCUAUUUUUUUUCUGCUGCUUCUCCCAUAUAAAGUGGCUCCAGGAUAGCAGCUUCUGUGAAUACAAUCAGGGUUUAAUACUUGAAUUUUGAUAUGUGGGUCAGAUCAAAACGAAGUUUGCA